AUGUCCUACAAAACCGAGGACGAAACGCACGCCGCUUUUGAGCUCGUCUCGUUGCGGAACGGCCGAACGAGCACGUCGUUUGAGAACUCGCCGGUUGCCGCUUCCAGCGUCGGUCACAGCAGCAACGCCUUUGCCUUGGCAUCCACCUCGUUCAACUCAGCAUGCUCACCCCCGAGGGCAGCUGCCACUGUCGCACCACAGAAGAAAGGCAAAAAAGCUAGAUCCGGCUCGACAACGUCUGCAGCUUCCAAGUCGACCAAAGUUAAGCCUGACGAGGCGCCCAGCCCCUCGGAACCCAAGGCGAAAAAGCGCCGACGAGUCGUAGUGGCUUGUGACACAUGCCGUCGCAAGAAAAUCAAAUGCGAAGGACUGCCCAAUCCCAACAAUACUUGCAACAAUUGCACUGCCUACAACUAUCGAUGCACUUUCAGCAGCGAUGCCGACAGGUCCAGAGGCAAAUACGAAAUAUUGGAGAGCAAAGUAGAGACGCUCCUCAGCGCGCUCCGCUCUGUAGCGCCGCAUGUAGCCCAGCAAUUCGAACGCGGCGAGCUCAACGUCACUGGGCCCAGCGGAUCGAGCGCACCACCUCAGAAUGCACACUCGUGGCAUCCACUGGAGUCACACAACAAACCUCAUCAAAGCAACGGCGAUGACCAAGAUGCAGACGAUGAUAGCGAAGAUGGCGACCAUCGAGCGGCAUUAGGAUCCAAGGAGGAUUCGCUUCCUUUGCGCGACGACCAUGAUCUUCCGUCACGCUCCACCGGCCGAUUUUCUGGCGAUGGAAGCGAACCCGACGACAAUAAUGCUACAACCAGUGGCGCCGGCAACAGUGGUAUCUCGGCAGAAGCCGUCAAACCACAAGACAGAGACGCCCUCUUGCCCGAUGUUGAGGAUGGUAGACCCCGUUACUUUGGCCGCUCGUCCGCCAUGUCACUCUUUCACAGUAUUGCAGACGAGAGUCGUCCGACGAGCCCAAACGCUGGCUCUCAUCGACUUUCGGAUAAUCACACCAAUCACGCUGGCAUCAGCUACGAAACGCAUCGCCACCAGAGCCUUCGGCACGAAAAGCACAAUGUCACUAUGCCCACAUCCUCGAACUCGGCCACCUCAUCAGCAGCUCUAAACACUGGUAACAGGGCUUCCUCAGCCUCGGUGCCACGUCCACUCUAUCCGACCAACUCGAAAGAGUGGAUUCAGCUGCUUCGCCGCAAGAACACUGUCGCAGUCGGUCGAGACGACGCUGUGACAGAAGAAUGGUUCGAGCGCUAUACACUUCCGGACCGUGAUCUCAUCCAGGACCUGUUCGAUGUCUUUUUCCAACAGUUGCAUCCUAUCAUGCCUAUCGUCCAUCGACCGUCGCUCGAACGCGAUCUGGCUACGGGCCGUGCUGACAAGGAUUCUGCGUUUCGAGGCUUUGUCUUUACCAUUCUCGCCAUCGCCUCGCGCUUCUCCCACGAUCCACGCGUGCUGGCCGACUCGGGCGACCCAGACACCGCAGGUGACCACUUUGCCGCUGCAAGUCGUCUUUAUCACCAAGUCUACGCCGCGAGUCUGAUCAACGUUCAAGUUAUGGUCCUCACAGCCACGUUCAUGCAUGGAGCCAUCGGUCCUGGAGCAAGCUGGACUGUACUCGGUGUGGCGAUUCGAGCGCUGCAAGAUAUCGGUCUACAUCAGGAAAAAGCCUAUCGCGGCUUUUCCGCCUUUGAGCAAGAGCUGCGAAGGCGAGUGUUCUGGGGUGCCUUCAUUCUGGAUUGCAUCUUUUCAAUCAAUAUGGGUCGCCCGCUGGCGCUCAAGCUGUCCGACUGCGACGUCAAAUUGCCGCUCGAGAUCGAUGACGAGGUCCUGUUUCAGUACGAGACUGGCGGGUCCAUUCCGCCAGUGCCGGCACGAACCGCCUCGGACAAGGCCAUCGUCAUGAGCGGUUUCAUCCAUAUGAUCAAGCUCAAUGUUAUUGUUCAGGAUGUCGUUCACGUCCUCUACUCGCCACGUUGGCGUCAGGACGGUGCAGGACGAGGAAAGCUACCGGCAGAUUCCAAGCAGAGAGCCAUGCCUGAGUACAAGGACAUGGUCAUCUUAUCGAAACGACUCGAAGAAUGGGUGGCUGAGACGCCGAUGCAUCUACGCUCGAUCGACAGUCCCUUUCGUCUGCAAGCUGGAUUGGUACAAUGUGGUACCCAUGAUAUCCGUCUUUACAUCCUGAAGCCCUUUUUGGAGCACAGCGCACUGCGCAAAAUGCUUCACCCGCAGUGCGUCUUUCAUGCGCGCGAAUGCCUCCGCAUCGUCAUUGCGCUGCACGAAGGCGACCACAUGAGCGAUCUAGUCUUCAUAUUUCAGCAAGCUUUCAUGAGCACUGCUACAUUCAUGAUCACCGUGUGGCACGAAUGCCGCGAGGUGGAUCGGCUGGCCGAAGACAACGACCUGGUAGAAUCGACGCUCCGCAUCUUUGCAGCGUUUGACGAUCGCUAUUUCUCCCGUCUCUUUCGUCGUGCGCAUCGCAUCUUGCGCGACAUUGCGCUGCGAUCGAUGCACACCAUGACGUCAGAUCAGCGCGAGAGGGUGAGUCGCUUGCUGGUUCGUGGAGAUCGAGGCAUGCCUGGCAUCGUUCCUUCCACCAUGCUCGGCAUGGGUCCAGUGCCAGGCAUGAUGCAGCCCCGUGCCGAUGCCAGCUUGCCUCCUUCAGCAAGGCUGGCAGCGAAGAACGAAAGGCUUGAGAGGCGAUCCAGUGGACAACUGGGAGAGGCAGCCGGCGGUGGUCUCUUCCCGCAUGAUCCCAUCUCGGCGGCUUCCUACAUUCACAGCUGGUCACCGAUCCCAAGCGCGCCCAUGUCGCCUAGUCGUAACUCGGUCAGUGAGGGCAGUCAUGUUGGUGAGAACCAGAUCACGUCGGCCGCUUUUGGCCAAUUCAUGAUGAGCAACGCAGGAGGCAACGCGGCUGGAAACGUCCAUGCUGGCAACAAUGGCCAUGCGAGCGUCGCCAGCAGUGGCAGCUCUCACAUAGCAGGUCUGCGUGCCUUUGACGCUGCCGCUUCGCCUCGUUCACAGCUGGCUGCCGCGAGCGAUGGCACGAUCGACAGAAGGUCGGAUAUCCACCCUGCAUCGUUCGGUGAUGCACGUGGCAUCAUGCCGCUGUACACGGACGAUCCAGGCUCAGUGCAGCAUCAAUUGGAGGAUCUGUCGUGGACCGACUACUUUUCUAGGUUUUUGGAUGACAUUGGCGGUGGGAGCGCCUCCAUGGCAUCCGCGAGCAGCACAGGCAGUGUCGCUGCACCCCCUCACGGCACCCAGCAGCAGCAGCAGCAGCAGCAGGCGCAAAUGGCUAGGUUUCUGGAUAUCAACGACGCGGAAACUGUUGCUUCGAACGCCUACGUCGAGUUGCCGUUUGCCAUAGCUUCAUCAGCCUCUCCGGCUAAUUACGCACAGGAUCUAACGCAGUCGCCGCACCGUGCACUUUGA